AUGGCAGCUUUUGUGCCUCCCCCAGGGGCACCCAGGCCCAAUAACAGUAACACCCCACCACCCCCUAAUUACAACCCUAACAAUGCUCAGAGAAACCCUGAUUCAUUAGCAGAUAAUAUGCAGAAUUUGAAUCUUAAUAGGCAGCCUAACGUGCCUAAUUCUGCCCCUAGACCAUCCCCUUUUGGCCAAGCACCACCUUUCCAUUCAUCAGCCCCUCCCGCUGGGGCUCCUGGCGCUCCGCCCCCGUUUUCUCGGCCUGGCCCUCCCCCCACUGCACUUGCACGACCUGCAGCACCUCGAUCAGGACCCCCGCAACCAGUAUUACCCCCUGCCACCGCCCCAGUAAGACCCACUGGGCCGCCUGUUGGCCAGCCUUCAUCUUUUGUGUCUAGACCGCCUCCUGGGUCUUUGCCCCCUGUGGGUGGGUUAGCUCCUGCUUAUGGGCCACCUCCUAGUCCUUUCCAGACAUCAGGUUUACAGAGUGGUCCAGUUUCAACACCGCUACCAGCAUCAGGUCCUCGCUCAGGGCCUGGGUCUUUGCCGUUGGGUCAGAGCAUGCCCCCUUCGAGUGGACCAGGUAGAAUGAUGAGUAAUGGGCCACCAAUGUUUGCUUCCGGGGCUAUGCCAGGUGGGCCCCGUUUUCCUCCUCCUGGAAAUGCACCUCAACCACCUGUUGGACAUCCACCAGCAAUGGCAACAACAUCAGGUCCUCCUCGAACUCCAACCAUGCACUCUAUGCUGGGUGGCCCAGCAGUUAGUGCUCCUCAAGGUCCUACUGUUCAGCAGGCGCCACCAUUUUCGGCAGCAUCUCAAGCCAUGCGUCCACCUCCAGGUUCUCCCUAUGGCUCACAGCCAUGGCCGAUGCAACAAGGGCAGGUGGCUCCACCUUCACAAUUUCCUGGUUCUGCUCAACCACCUAGAAUGUUUGGAAUGCCACCCCCGCCACUACCAAAUCAGUCCAUGACUACCAUCUCACCUGCUGUUGGUCAAACUGGAGCACCUUUGGCUGGAUCAUCAAAGAUCGAUCCCAAUCAAAUUCCUCGGCCUGUACCAAGUUCGUCAGUGCUCAUUCAUGAAACUCGUCAGAGCAAUCAGGCAAAUCCACCUCCGCCUGCUACAAGUGAUUAUAUUGUUAGAGACAAUGGGAAUUGCAGUCCUCGUUACAUGAGGUGCACCAUCAAUCAGAUACCAUGCACUGCUGAUCUUUUGACAACAUCAGGGAUGCCGUUAUCUUUGUUGGUUGAGCCUUUUGCCCUUCCUCAUCCAUCUGAGGAACCAAUCCAAGUUGUGGAUUUUGGUGAAAGUGGUCCUGUUCGAUGUUCUCGUUGCAAAGGCUACAUAAAUCCUUUCAUGAAGUUCAUUGACCAAGGCAGGCGAUUCAUCUGUAACUUGUGUGGAUUUACUGAUGAGACUCCCCGUGACUACCACUGCAAUCUGGGUCCAGAUGGUAGGCGCAGAGAUGCUGAUGAUAGGCCAGAACUAUGUAGAGGAACAGUUGAAUUUGUUGCUUCAAAAGAAUACAUGGUGCGUGAUCCUAUGCCAGCUGUGUACUUCUUCCUCAUCGAUGUAUCCAUGAAUGCCAUACAAACUGGUGCAACUGCUGCAGCUUGCAGUGCAAUCAAUCAAGUUAUUGCUGAUCUACCUGAAGGUCCUCGGACAAUGGUGGGAAUUGCGACUUUUGACUCCACAGUCCAUUUUUACAAUUUGAAACGCGCGCUGCAGCAGCCUUUGAUGCUUAUUGUUGCUGAUGUACAAGAUGUUUACACUCCUUUGGAGACUGAUGUAGUUGUUCAACUUUCCGAGUGCCGUCAACAUUUGGAGCAAUUGUUGGACAGUAUUCCAAACAUGUUUCAAAACAGUAAAAUUGCUGAAUCGGCCUUUGGUGCAGCAAUCAAGGCUGCUUUCUUGGCAAUAAAGAGUACUGGAGGGAAACUUUUGGUGUUUCAGUCAGUGUUGCCAUCAACUGGAAUUGGGGCCCUUUCUGCUAGAGAAGCUGAAGGAAGAGCUAACAUAUCUUCAGCUGAGAAGGAGGCCCAUAAAUUACUCCAGCCAGCAGACAAAACUUUAAAAACUAUGGCAAUUGAGUUUGCUGAAUAUCAGGUUUGUGUCGACUUAUUUAUCACUACCCAGUCAUACAUAGACAUCGCUUCUAUCGCUGUCAUCCCAAGAACAACUGGAGGGCAGGUUUAUUAUUAUUACCCCUUCUCAGCUGUCUCUGAUCCUGCAAAGCUCUACAAUGAUCUUAGAUGGAAUGUCACAAGGCCCCAAGGUUUUGAGGCGGUGAUGCGUGUAAGAUGCAGCCAGGGCAUUCAAGUUCAAGAGUACCAUGGAAGCUUUUGUAAACGUAUUCCUACGGAUGUUGACCUACCUGGGAUUGACUGUGACAAAACUAUAAUGGUGACCUUAAAACACGAUGAUAAGUUACAGGAUGGCUCAGAAUGUGCUUUCCAGUGUGCCCUUUUAUACACGACUGUGUAUGGUCAACGGAGAAUUCGAGUUACAACGUUGUCUCUGCCAUGCACAAGUAUGCUAAGUAAUCUGUUUCGUGCUGCUGACUUGGACACUCAAUUUGCAUGUUUCAUGAAGCAAGCGGCAAAUGAAAUUCCUUUAAGUGCCCUCUUGCGUGUACGGGAACAAGUGACAAAUCUGUGCAUCAGUAGUCUGCUUUCAUAUCGUAAAUUCUGUGCUACUGUAUCAUCUUCUGGACAGCUUAUUCUUCCAGAGGCACUGAAGCUCCUGCCUCUUUACACCCUCGCAUUAAUCAAAAGUACGGGGCUACGAACUGAAGGAAAAAUAGAUGAACGGUCCUUCUGGAUCAACCAUGUUUCUUCCCUUUCUGUUCCUUUGGCAGUGCCACUGGUUUACCCCAGAAUGGUGGCUAUUCAUGACCUUGACUCUAAAAAGGAGGGUGACGAAUCUCCAAUUCCUCCGGUGAUUCCGCUUUCUAGCGAACACGUGAGUGAUGAAGGAAUUUAUCUUCUUGAGAAUGGUGAGGACUGUUUUAUAUAUAUUGGGAACUUGGUGGAUUCCAGCAUUUUGCAACAACUUUUUGGCGUCACCUCUGCUGAUGAACUUCCUACUCAGCCUCAUGCCUCAGGUGUUGAGUUUGAACUUGAUUCCCUGGGACCUGUUUUGGUUCACUAG